UGGUGUUGGAGGGCGCCGGGGUAAAUAGCAUUAAGCAUUCGUCUUCUUCCAGUGUGUUGCUCUAGCUGAAAACUAUGCCUCGUGAUCUUCUCCACCCUACUGCCACCGAAGAACGCAGCAAGCACAAGCUUAAGCGCUUGGUACAAGCCCCCAACUCCUUCUUCAUGGACGUGAAGUGCCCUGGGUGCUUCAACAUCACCACUGUCUUCAGCCACGCCCAAACCGUCGUGUUGUGCGGCAGCUGCAGCGUCAUGCUCUGCCAACCUACCGGCGGCAAGGCUCGUUUGACCGAAGGUUGCUCGUUCCGCAAGAAGACCGAUUAAAUGUAGUUCAGGAAGCCAAGCCCCGCUCCGUGCGACGACCUGUCAGGACCGCACGUGGCAAUGGGGUGUUUCCACUUCUCAACUGUUCUGUCAGCCUAGAGGGGGAUUAGUUUAAACAUUUGGAAUGAAGAAGACGAUCUUUAUCCA